UUCAAAAGCAACGACAACGAGCAACUUCCCGUGGCCAUCAUCACUCGUCGCCGAAGCCUUCUUGCAGCUCCUCCAACUAACACCAGUUGCCCAUUCAUCAGCAAGCCUGCCUGCAAGAUGGCCCCGAUCUCCAUCAAGAGCGUUCUGAUCAGCGAAAGCGUGGACCCUCGCUGCAGGAGCAUCCUGGAAGAAAAUGGCAUCCGAGUAACAGAGAAGCACAACAUGAAGAAGGACGAAUUGAUCGCCGAGAUCAAGGACUACGAUGGUCUGGUGGUGAGAUCCGCUACCAAGGUGACGGCUGACGUCAUCAACGCCGCCGGCAAUCUCAAAAUCAUCGGGAGAGCCGGAACCGGCGUGGACAACGUGGACGUGGACGCCGCCACCAAAAUGGGUGUCAUAGUCAUGAACACGCCAAACGGCAACACCAUCAGUGCAGCUGAGUUGACCUGCGCCCUCCUGAUGAGCCUCUCAAGAAAUGUGCCUCAAGCUGCAAUGUCCAUGCGAGCUGGCAACUGGGAUCGCAAAAAGUUCAUGGGUUCCGAGCUGUACGGAAAAGUGCUUGGAAUAGUUGGACUUGGAAGAAUAGGAAAGGAGGUGGCCAGCAGAAUGCAGGCAUUUGGCAUGAAGACUGUCGGCUAUGAUCCAAUCACUCCAGUUGAGGUGUCAGCUAGCUGGGGAGUGGAACAGAUUUCCCUGGAGAAACUUUGGCCUCUCUGUGACUACAUCACUGUCCACACACCAUUAAUGCCAUCCACUGUUGGUUUACUGAAUGAUGAAACCUUUGCCGAAUGCAAGAGAGGAGUGAAAGUAGUGAACUGCGCACGUGGAGGCAUCAUCGACGAAGGUGCUCUCCUCCGAGCUUUGGAGUCUGGACAAUGUGGAGGAGCCGGUCUUGAUGUCUUUGUGGAGGAGCCACCACAGGACCGCUCGCUUGUCAACCAUCCCAAUGUGAUCGGCUGUCCGCAUCUUGGGGCCAGCACCAAGGAGGCGCAGGCGCGAUGUGGCCAGGACAUCGCUCUGCAGAUCGUCGACAUGGUUAAGGGCAACAAGCUAGUGGGAGCAGUAAAUGCACAGGUUUUGGCGAGCACUUUCUCCCCGGACUCUUAUCCGUUGAUCAAACUUGGAGAAGCCAUUGGAGCUGUGCUGCAGUCGUGUAGCGUGUCGAAGAAUCCACUAAGCCAAGUACAAAUCACUUCCCAAGGAGACAGCAUGAAGUCAUCAGCCGGUUACAUGACGGCCGCUGUGCUGGUCGGCCUGCUUAACGGCAAAUCUGGCUGUUGCCCGAACUUCAUCAAUGUACUGAGUCUAGCCAAGGAAUCUGGAAUCACGGUAAACCAAAGCCACAGCGUGUCGGAGGAUGGUUCUAUCGGUGCGUGCACGGUUGAGAUCAUGAGCGACGGGUGCAGCUACAAGGCCACCGGCUCCAUUCAAGGUGGACGGCCAGUCCUGCUGGAGUUGGGUGGCAGUGUGUUCAGACAGCCUGUGUCACUCACUGGGAACUUGCUGUUCUUCAAGGCUUCUGCGAGUCCUCAGCUGCUCUCCUCAGUGGCUGACCUGCUAGCCACAGAGGGAGUGCAAAUUGAGUCUUUUAGCGCUCCCGCAGAGUGCUUCGGAGAUGCAUGCAGUUGGCACUGCGUUGGGGUGUCUUCUCUGCUGCGAGACCUCGGUGCCUUAAAUCCGUUGGUUCAGGAGGCGGCUCAGCUGAGUGCUUGAAGGAAGACUGCGGCACAGAUUGGUGUCUUAUUGAUCUUUCUUUGCCUUAACAUUCACAACUAACAUUUCCACAUCCAUUUGUAACUUGCAUUCCAGUGUUAGGAUAUUUUUCGCUGUUUUUGUCAGUAAAACUGAUGGAAAAAAUA